AUGUGUAAUAUUCAUAACAUUAAAGCAGGAUGGCUAUUAAAUUCUAAACAUGAAUAUCAAAGUCUUCUUGUAGCAUCUUUAAAAUAGCAAUUUUCAGAAAACUAAAAAAUAAUAUAAGAGUCAAGUUAUGAAAAUAUGUCUUAAGAUCUUUGUUUGAAUACUGAAUAACGUAAACAAGAAUUGAAAAUGUAUAAGAUAAGUAGAGUAAUUGGAAGCAGUUUAGAAAGAUAAGUUAGAUUUGAUAAGCAUAUUCUAUUUUAAAUGAAAGAUCAUAAACCAGUCAAAUAAUUUCCACUUUUUAAAGCAAUAUCUGUAGAAAAUAAGGUAAAUCAUCAAAAUACAUGGCAUGAUAAGUAAGGAGAUAAAGCUAGAUUAUCAAUUGAAUUUGAGAAAGAUCAUUCAAUUGUCUUUAUUUAUGUUAAGGAAGAAAAUUAAGCAUUUAAAUGGUAGAGAUAUUUGAUAAUUGAAAGAUUAUUAUAAUAAAAACCAAAAUAAGUAGCCAAAUGUUUUGAAUAUUGUUUUCAUGAAUAUGAAGAUAAAUUCACUUUUAUAUGGGCAUUAAAAUUUGCUUAAUAAUUAAAUCAAUAAGCAAUAGAAUUGAAUAAAUUAAAAAAAUAAAGAGCAUAUGUGGAUGGCGAUUAUUUUAUCUAAUAAGAAAAAAGAUUGAUGAGUUUUCAUAUAAAUACUUGGUUAUAGAAAAGUCAGAAAAUAUUAAAAGAUGAAUAAGAUUAUUAAGAUUAAUUAUAAUAAAUGUCUCUAAAAUAAUAACAAGAAUUACAAUAAAAUAAAGAGCAAUUAGAACUUGAGAGAAUAUAAAAAGAAAAAUUAAGAAUUUAAAUGUUAUAAAAUUUAGUUGAAAAUCAUAUAAAACCAAAGAAAUUUAUAAUAUAAAAGUUCCUAACAGGUUGGUAAUAAAGAUCUUAAUUUAUUUAUGACACCAAUCCUAAGAAAUUUUCAAUAAAAAUAAUUAGGAUGUACAUUCAAAACAAUAUUUAAUUAAUAAGACCAUUAUUAGAAUUAAGAUUCAUAUCUGAAGUAUAUUUUGUCAAAUUCAUAAUAGAGAACAGAAGAAACUAAGGAUAUAGAAAGUAUUAAAAUAUUAGAUGGAUUACAAUAUAAUAUUUAAUAAAGUCCUUAUUUCAUUUGUCGCUUACUUGCAUAAAUGAAUCAAUAAAGAAGAAAGGAUUAUACUGCUUGGUGUUUUAAAGAUGGUUUACUUGGAUUAUAAGGGAAGACUUUUAUGACAGUUGAGAAUUUGGGAUUUAAAGAUUAUAUCGAUUUUUAAGUAAUUGAUACAAUCAGUAAUUAAAUAAAAUAUUAAAGGAACUAAUACUUCAUCAAAAAUAUUAAGGAUUUAAUUCUAAGAUCUUAUUAAAUAUUUAUAUGAAGGUCGUUCAUUUUGGAUUGCACUUGAAUAUGAGCAAUCUAAGAUUUUUGUAGAAAUGGAUUUACUAGAACAUUCAAAUAUAGAUCCUAUAUUUCUUGAUAGAUUAAAAUAUAUAUAAUUGAAUGCCGUAUUAAGAAAGGUUAGCAUAAAAAUGAUGGAAUAAAGAACUCCUGUACAAUUCAUUUAAAUAAGUUUAGCUGCCUAUUAUUGAAACAGUAAAAUAUGGAUUAGAAAUAGAAAGAUAUUAGAAUGAUAUCUAAAAUUUAUAUUAGAGUUUGUACAUAGAGAAUAUAUGUUUAUAACCUAAGUGUUAACCAGCAAAUUGGUUUUCUUAAUUGGAUAGUUUAGAAAAGGUAGUUAAACCUGUGACUGAUAUACUCAAAAGAAAUUAUUUAGAAUUUACUGAUGUAACAGAUAAUGUUUAGAUUUAUUAUUAAAUAAAAUCUAUUCCAAAUUUACGUUUACCUUUACUAAAAGAUGUUGAUGAAUUCAUAAAUAAAUUACCUCUUGUUUAAGAAAAUCAACAUAAAUAGUGUAAAGGAGUUUUAAUUUCAUUUUUAAUUUAUUGUAAUGUCAGAACCAUUUAAUUAAAUGUCUCCUUUUUGACAAUACUAUUUUAAGUAGCUAAUAAAUUCAUAUGUAUCAGCCAUCCUCAUUUCUUAUACGAUCUAAGUAAACCUGUUUUUGGGAAUAAAUUUGAUUCUGAAGCAUAAGCAUUUUGGCUUUUUACUGGAUUUGUUGAAUUAAUGAGAAGUGUUCAUUUUCCUUUAGUUAAGGAAGACACUCUCUUUUGUCCAUAAGAAAUUGUUAUGUAAUAUAUGGAAGUUUUGCAUAAAGAAAUUGUGUAACAUUGUAAGAAUUAUGACAUUGCAGUUGAAAAUGUUUUUUUUGAUAUUCUUUCAUCUUUUUAUACAAAUUUAGUAUAAUCAAUGCCAUUAUGUAAUAUUUGGAAUUUAAUAAUUAAAAAGAUAUCUACUAAUAAAUGUGCAUAUUAAUUAAUUUUAAUUGUUUAUAUAGAAGAAUUGAGUUAUAAAUUAUUAUUCUGCUAAAAUUCUGAAGAUUUCAAAAAUGCUAUUUCAUUAUAAGGUAACAUAUUAAUUUAAUUAUAAGCCCAACUUAUGGAUAUUCAGCAACUAGAGGCUACAUAUUCAGGAUGUGAAUCAAAUUUGAAUAGAAUCAUAAAUGCAGAAUAAUCAUUUCAUGAAUCUGUAGAACAUUCAAAUAUUCAUUAACCUUUAAUAUAAGAUUGUUGA